AUGAAAAUGUCAGAAACCCCAAAGAAUAACAAGUUCAUUCCUAGAAGAUUAAUCUCAAGUCUCAUCUCUUCCUCUAAAACCCUUUAUUCUUCCUAUUUAUUUCCAAGCUCUCGCUCUAGUGUUCCCUCAACCCCUACCGUCAAAUUCUCCCAAUCCAUGAUAGAAGAAAACAUUGAAAAUGCUGAAUCAAUCAUCUCCAAAUGGGAUCCAAACUCUUCCUCGAAGACCAAAGUCACCUCUCUCUUCCACCAUAACAGAAAAGAAGCGAACGAGUUUCUCAAGUCUGUUAAGGACUUGCGACGAGCCAUGCAUUUCUUAAUCAAUGAAAAUUCUACGUCCAAGAAGCUCAUACUUGCUCAGAACCUAAUGCAAAUAGCCAUGAAAAGGCUUGAAAAUGAGUUUUAUCAGCUUUCCAAAAACUGUGACCAUCUUGAUCCAGAAUCAGUAUCUAGGCGGUCCUCAGGUGGGUCAAGAAAUUCCGAUGGUGAAGAUGAGGUUCGAGCAGAUGAGUUCGAAAUUGCUGGUGAGUCAAUCACUGAGGUGGAGAAACUCUCAGCAGUUGCCAUGACGGAUUUGAAAUCAAUAGCCGAAUGCAUGAUUAGUUCAGGUUAUGGAAAAGAGUGUGUGAAGAUAUACAACGUCAUAAGAAAAUCUGUAGUAGAUGAAGAAUUAUCUCACCUUGGAAUCAAAAAUUUCAGAUCUUCUCAAAUUCAUAAAAUGAAUAGGGAAGAUCUUGAGCAUAUGAUUAGGAAGUGGAUGAAUGCAAUAAAGAUCGCUGUGAGAAGGCUGUUUAGUGGAGAAAGAGUCCUCUGCGACCAUGUGUUUUCAGCAUCUGAGACAAGCAGGGAGUUUUGCUUUUCAGAAAUAACCAAAGGAGGAGCAAUCAAUCUAUUCAGGUUCCCUGAACUCAUUGCCAGGAGGGCAAUCAGUAAGCAUUCGCUGGACAAGAUCUUCCAGCUAAUGGAACUUUAUGACGCAAUCUCCGUGUUGUGGCCAGAUAUUGAACUAAUAUUUGAAUUUGAAUCAACCUCAGCUAUCAAGUUACAAGCUCUUUCAUCACUACUCAUACUGGGAGACUCCAUUCGUACUAUUCUAUCCGAAUUUGAAUCAACACUCCAGAAGGACUCGUCAAGAACUCGGGUGUUUGGGGGUGGCGUUAACCCGCUGACCCACUCAGCAAUGACUUACAUAUCUUCACUUGCAGAUUUCAAUGGUGUUCUGUCCAACAUCAUUGCAGAUAGCUCACCGUCAUCGACUUCACCACUACCAGAAUCUUACUUUGAGAGUCCACCCAUGGAAAAUGGUCCAACGCCAGCAGUGUCAGUCUACCUAGCUUGGCUCAUCUUGAUUCUUCUCUGCAAGCUUGAUAGCAAAGCUAAACUCUACAAAGAUGCCUCUUUAUCGUACCUAUUCCUUGCCAAUAAUCUCCAGUUCAUUGUUGAGAAGGUAUGCACAACCAACCUGAAGCACCUCCUAGGCGCUGACUGGGUAUUGAAGCACACCAAGAAAGUUAAACGAUAUGCUUCAAACUAUGAAUCAAUAGCUUGGACUAAGGUCAUCUCAUCAUUACCAGGGAAAGAUCCCACAGAGAUUACUCCUGAGAUGGCAAAGGAGUGCUUUAGGAGGUUCAGUGCAGCUUUUGAAGAAGCAUACAGAAAACAGACAUCAUGGCUUGUACAAGACGGAAAUUUAAGGGAUGAAUUGAAGGCGUCAAUAGCAAAGAAACUGGUUCCUGUGUAUCAAGAAUUCUUUGAUACAUAUUUCAUGAUGCUAAGUGGGGAGAAGAAUAUGGAGUUACUGGUGAGGUUUUCACCUGAUGAUUUGGGGAAUUACUUAUCAGAUUUAUUUCUUGGGACUUCCACCUCAGGUAGUUCUACUUCUACAUCAUCAUUGCAGUUAGGGGGAUGUCUACCCCGCUAAAAAAAACACUGUACGUACAUUACAAUGCAAGAUGCAUGUAAUUCAGUUAUGACUGG